UGGCUGGGCCUGGCGGCGGCGGUGGCGGCAACGGCGGCGGCGGCGCGGUGGCUGGGCUGGUGGAGCGGCCGCGCCGGCCUUCGCCUUUUCGUUCCCGAGGAGCUGGCCCGCUACCGCGGCGGCGCCGGGGACCCGGGCCUUUACUUGGCGUUGCUCGGGCGCGUCUACGACGUGUCCCCCGGCCGGAGGCACUACGAGCCUGGGGCCCACUAUAGCGGCUUCGCAGGCCGAGACGCGUCCAGGGCGUUUGUGACAGGGGACCACUCUGCAGCAGGCCUGGUGGACGAUGUGUCCGACUUGUCAUUUUCAGAGCUGCUGACGCUUCAAAACUGGCUGUCGUUCUACGAGAAGAACUACGAGUUCGUUGGAAGGGUGAUAGGAAGGUUCUACGGAGAGGAUGGCCUCCCGACCCCAGAACUGGCCCAGGUGGAAGCCGUGAUCACCCGGGGCGCGGAGGCAGGCCGGCGGGCGCUGGAGGAGAAACGCAAGUUCCCGCCGUGCAACGCCGAGUGGAGCUCCAGCAGGGGCAGCCGGCUCUGGUGCUCCCCGGAGAGCGGAGGUGUGAGCAGAGACUGGACCGGUGUCCCCAGGAAGCUGUAUAAGCCAGGUGCCAAGGAGCCCCACUGUGUGUGCGUGAGAACCAGCGGACCCCCCAGCGACCAGGCUCAGGGCCUCCCUGUGCACACAAACCGUGGCGACUUGGAUCACCCGAACCUGGAGGAGUAUGCAGGCUGCCCCCCACUGGCCGUCACCUGCUCCUUCCCACCGGGCUAAUCACAGACAGCCCUGCCUGCCGCACUCACUCGUGGCUCCCGACACGAAGCGGAGCGCCUGGAAGCAUCUGCCCACACUUCUGUGCCUGGGACCCGGCGUGGCGGCCCACUCGCCUGUCCGUGCCACUUCUCCCCCAGACCCACCUGCCGCCUUCGUCAGAGCCCUCAGAGGCCAGCCAACCUCAAAACUAAUCGGACUGCCAGGCCAGGAAACAGGCUCUGGGCUCCAACAGCAUCCUUCCCCGCGGUCGGUGAGGGCGCUGGGGGCACUGCAGAAGAGGGGACAUAUCUUCCCUUUGUGACUCAGACAGGCAGACAGGUCCAGAGAAGCCACGUAAAUUAACACGUCAGCAUAACUCCCAGUGUUCCCCACUGGUUAGGCUUGUGACCCCUGACUCUUAACCACUUUUUGUAUGUCUGAGACCCCUGCCCGGAGCCACGGCCACAAGUAGUUGGUCUGAGCCCAGUCAGUACCACGAGACAGGACAAUAAAACCAGGGAGGCUGGUUCUGGAAGUGGAUGGGCUUUUGCUCAUACGGAGGCAGUAAAUCCAGAGGCCUCUGAACAAAGCAA